AUGCGCGGCGGCACGUGGUUGGGGGUGACAAAGGGCGGCCGCUGGGCGUUCCUCACCAAUUUCCGCGAGCCUUUGGCAGCGGGCGCUGCUCGAGGGGCGGCGGGCGGCAGCGGCAAGGCACCCCCGUCGUUCCCGCAGACGACCACGGCUCCCAGCCGUGGCGCACUGACAGCGGACUUCCUGGCAGGAGACAUGGCUCCCUUGGAGUACUUGCAGGGAAGAAAAGGCGGUCAGAUGAACCAGAACAGUCAUCAUCAUCAUCAGCAGCAACAGCCCCCGCAGCAGCAGCAGCAGCAGCAGCAGCAGCAGCAGCAGCAGCAGCAGCAGCAGCAGCAGCAGCAGCAGCAGGAGCAUCAUCAGCAGCAGCAGCCGCAUGCUGCAGCGUGCGGGCGCGUUGACCCCGCCGUCGCCGCCCUGCGCACCGACUACAUGGGCGUGAGCGUGGCGGUGGGGGACCUGCGGCGCGGCACCGCGGCCUUCUUCUGCAACCGCGAUGGCCGCCCGCCGCGGGAGCUGCAGCCCGGACUGCACGGCUUGAGCAACGGGUUCUUUGGGGAGUGGCCCAAGGUACAGAACGGCAUGCAGCAGCUGCAGCAGAUGUUGGAGGAGGCCGAUCUUGAGGGAGGCGCCAUCCCGUGGGACCGGCUGUUCAGCCGGGAGCUGAUGGCCGACACCACCACGGCAGAGCCGGGGCGCGUGCCCAUCACGGGUGUGGGGGAGGAGCUGGACCGGCUGCUGAGCGCGCGGUUUGUGACCCCCUUCGAACUACAGCCCGGCCAGCGCUAUGGCACGCGCUCACAGCUGGGCCUGGUGGUGUGGCGCGACGGCCGAGCAGAGCUGGUGGAGCGCUUCUAUUCGCCAAAUCCCUGCCCCCGCGAGGGCCAGCCACUGCCACCGCAGCAGCAGCAGCAGCAGCAGCAGCAGGAGCGGCGGCAGGAGCAGCAGCAGCAGCAAAAGCAGGAGCAGCAGCAGCAGCAGCAGCAGCAGCAGCAGCAGCAGCAGCAGCGGGAAGAAACAGAACCAGCAGCGCAGCACAGAGACACAGCGGAGGCAAUGCAGUGUUCACCACAUCGUGGCCAAGCUCAGCAACAGGACGAUGAGGAUGGCGGCGGUGGAAAGCAAAACAGCGAUGUGGACGACCGCGCUGGGCCCCUGCAGCAGGAGGAAGGGGAGGAGAAGGAUGUGUGA